AUGCUUUUUCCUUUCUCCUUAAAGGGAAGAGCACUUAAUUGGUUAGAAUUGCAACCUGCUGAUAGCAUCUCCACGUGGGAAGAAUUAGUUGAAAAAUUUCAAAAUAAGUUUUUCCCACUCUCCCGAUUCUCUGAGCUGAAAGAACAUAUUGGCAAUUUCAAGCAGCUCGAAGGAGAAUCCCUGUGUGUGGGAGGAAGAAGAUUUAAAGAACUAAUCAAGAGAUGUUCGCAGUACGUUUUUUCGAAUGGCGAGAAGGUCCGAAUCUUUUACAAAGGAGUUACGUCAACAUAUAGAGUACUCCUUAAUGCUGCAGCUGGAGGAAGCAUCAGAGAAAUUACUUCAACUAGAGCUGUUGAGUUAAUUGAAAAGAUGACAUUUGAAGAUAAUGAAGUCACACCAAUGCAACCUAAGAGAGGAGUUAUGCAGUUAGAAGGGUAUGACGCUAUGUUAGCCAAACAAGACAAGAUAGAUCAAAGGUUAGAUUCACUUGUUAAACUCUUUACCCAAAAUCAAAUCUCUGCGGUUAACUCUCAAUUCCCUGUGGUAUGCGACACUUGUGGCGGACCUCAUAGUGCUGAUAAAUGUGAGGCUAUGGUUACUAUAAACCCAGCUCAGGUGAAUUCUCUUUGGUACAACCAACGUAGGGAGAACAAUCAUUACUACAAUACUUAUAAUACUGGCUGGAGAAACCACUCUGCGCUUUCGUAUAAUCAAGGAGGAUCACAACAAGCUAAUAUGGGAAUUCAACCAGAGCAAUCUAGUCAAAAGGAAGCUUGGGAAAUUGCAUUCGAAAAGAUGUCUCAAGCUCAAACAAGUUUUGUGGAAGAAACCAGAACAUCUCUCAAAAAUCAAGAAGCAUCUAUUAAAAAUCUGGAAAUUCAUAUUGGUCAGCUUGCCAAACAGAUGGCUGAGAGGCCUCCAGGAACCUUUCCUAGUAAUACAAUUAUUAAUCCCAAGGAACAAUGUAAUGCCAUCAUUACAAUGAAAAGUGUGGAAAAACCAAUAGCCGCACCAAGUAGUGAAAAAGAUGCAGAGAAGGAAAAUCCUGCUGAAGAGAAAGCUGACGAUCCUGUCGAUAGAGAUGUCUCGAUUUUUGGAGGACCGUUAAAUGAUACCCCACAUAAGAAAGUAAUAAAGAAGCUUUCUUUAGAGGAAAGAAUGAAAGCAGUUGGAGACAAUCCUUAUGUUAAGGCUCCUUAUCCUCAGAGGUUACAACAUAACGAGCAAAAGAAAAAUUUCUCUAAAUUCUUAGAGAUUUUUAAGAAGCUGCACAUCAAUAUCCCAUUUGCGGAAGCUUUAGAGCAAAUGCCAUCAUAUGCUAAGUUUCUAAAAGAGAUCCUAACCAAGAAGCGGAAGCUCACAGUAGAAGGAUCCACUAUCUUGACGGAGGAGUGUAGUGCAAUCACGCAGAAGAAUUUACCUCCAAAAUUAAAGGAUCCGAGGAGUUUUAGUAUCCCUUGCACGAUUGGCUCGAUGACAAUAGAGAGAGUUUUAUGUGAUCUGGGUGCUAGCAUCAACGUAAUGCCGUUAUCUAUGAUGAAAAAGCUGGGAAUCACAGAAGUGAAGCCAAUCAAUAUGAUCCUGCAACUAGCUGACCGCUCCACCAAGCAAGCAUAUGGAGUAAUAGAGGACAUACUAGUUAAGGUGGACAAGUUCAUCUUCCCUAUGGACUUUGUUAUCUUGGAUAUAGAGGAGUAUGCUACUGUUCCCAUGAUCUUUGGGAGACCUUUCUUAGCGACCUCCGGAGUACUAAUUGAUGUGCCUAAAGAGGAAGAAAAGAAAGAUCAUAAGCCAGAUGAGAGUUGCAAGCUGGAGGUGAAGAUGGCAAAUCUUAAGAGCAAGGGAAAGCACAUUAAGACUAAGUAUAGAGUUCUUGAGGCCAAACAUUCUCGCCCAUAUGCACGAGAGUACUAUUACGGCAAAGCAAUAUUUAUGAUAAAAGGAAUGACAUCAUCUUUGAAUUCUGGCUACAAGCUGCCAUGA